GAGGAUCCCUCCUGGCCGCAACUGACCGUACUAUGGCAACGUGUCCCGUCAAAGACUUCCUGGUUACACAUUUAAUGCCAGAAAAAUGCUAUGAGGAGUUUUUCGUCAACUUUCACUUGCACGUGCCGUGCCUAAAGUUUGUACUGAACAAAACUGCCGUAUUUUGGAUCAUACUGGACACAUUCCUGGCACAGUUACCUCAGCUGCUGAAGAUACUGUGGAGAGGAAGUGCAGACGGUCUGAGUCUGCCCUCUGUCCUGCUGCAACUUUAUGCUUUCUCAUGUCCUGUCGUGUACGCCGUGGCCAACAGCUUCCCACUCUUUGCCUGGGCUGAGAGGCUCUUCACGUUGGCGCAGACAGUGACAAUUAUGUUCCUCAUCCUUCAUCAUCGUGCUGAUGUUUUCACAGGAAUGCUGUUCCUGGCGGCGUACGGUGGUGUAAUGUUCCUGCUGGGCUCCUAUGCAGCUGCAGCAGUUGUCUCAGUGAUGCAGGCCUCCAGUUUGGCAGCUUUAAUUACAAGCAAGGUUCUCCAGGCUGGAACUAACUACCGUAACGGCCACACAGGCCAACUGUCCACUCUGUCUGUGUUACUGACGUGGGCAGGGUCUCUGGGUGUUGUCUUUGUUUCUCUACAGGAAACAGGAAGCUCAUUGUCUACUCUGUCACACAUACUGUCAGCCUGUCUCAGCUGUGUCCUCGUGGCCCAGGUCCUCUGCUGCAGGAGCAGCACCAGCACUAAAAAGAACGAGUAGAGGUGGAAAACGGAGACAACAACACUCACAUCUUAUGCAAGAACACUCUGUCAUUUAAGAAAUGGUUUGUGAUUCUGUGCCAGAGAGCGCUGAAGUAGCAGCAAAUGUUAACAGUGAUUUUAUGUACUAACAUGUCUGUGUAUUACGCUCAGAUCUACUUUAGAUCAAGUUAUGAGCUUUGUAUCUGUGUAAAUGAGAACUCCCACCCUCAUGCAGUUUAAUAGGUUUAUGCAUUUUCUUAUUUCAACUUUUUUUGUUUUUGUUUUGUUUCAAAGUUUUUCAAAUUUCUGCAGUUUUUUUUAUUAUUGCAAAUGGUAGCCAUGUAGUGAUUUUAAUAAUUACUUCACUCUCAGGGGAAACAGGAGGUGACUGUCAAAAUAAAACAUUCAGUUCUUGGAUGUAUACAAAGUUUCCUGGUGGCUCUGGUACAGUUUGUCAAUUUGGGUUCACUAAGAUUGUCAGAAGUGAAAGUUAACUGCUUUCAAUCCAAGUACAAACUGACUGACCAUCACAAACAAGUCUUCAAACACUUUCACAAGACUCUCACCAGUCUGAGUCAUUUCGAAUGCACCUACAGGCUUCAGAGGUGGUGGUGGUGGUGCAACUUAAAAACAUCUCAUCGAAAAAAAAAAA